GCCGUUUAUCCGUCGUGAUGUUUCGACUCCGAAAAAGUGCCGCGCCUCUCAUUACAUUCCGCCAACGACACCUGUCCACAGGUCCCAUUGACCGCCGAGGCGCCGCGAAAUUCGAAAAGCGCGCUGUGCUCGAGUUGGCCGACGGGUCCAAGUACCAUGGGAUUUCGUUCGGCGCAGACACCUCCAUGGCCGGCGAAGUCGUGUUUACUACCGCCAUGGUGGGGUACCCAGAAUCGCUGACCGACCCGUCGUUCCAAGGCCAAAUUCUCAAUAUGACGUUUCCCAUGAUCGGCAACUACGGCGUCCCGUGUACAAAGACGUUGGAUGAAUAUGGUCUCCCCAAGUUUCUCGAGUCGAAUCGAAUCCACGCGGCGGGGAUGAUUGUCCAGGACUACUCGUCGCACUACAGCCAUUGGAACGCCAAGUCGUCGUUGAGCGAGUGGCUAGUUCAAGAGGGGAUCCCCGCGAUUGCCGGUAUUGACACGCGCGCGAUCACAAAAAAAAUCCGGGCCAAGGGGGCCAUUGCCGGCCGCAUUGUUGUCGAGGGCAACGAAAUCCCCGCCUUUGCCGACCCAAACUUGCGCAAUCUGGUCGCCGAGGUCAGCACCAAGACGGUGAAAACGUAUGGCAAGGGCAACCCGCUCAAGAUUCUGGCCGUGGAUUGCGGCAUCAAGUACAACAUCAUCCGCGAACUGGUCAAGCGGGGCGCCGAAGUCAAGGUCGUGCCGUGGGACCACGACAUUGCCAGCGAGGCCAGCUGGUACGACGGGCUCUUCAUCUCCAACGGGCCUGGGGACCCGUCCACGCUCACGCAGACCGUUGAGCAGCUCAAGAAGGUCAUCCACAGCGACGUGGUCAAGCCGAUUUUCGGCAUUUGUCUGGGCAACCAGCUGCUCGGCCGCGCGGCUGGCGCAGGCACGUACAAGUUGCCCUUUGGCAACCGCGGGCAGAACCAACCGGUGAACAACCUGAAGACCGGUCAGAGCUACAUCACGUCUCAGAACCACGGGUACGCGUUGGAAGGGCACGAUUUGCCGACCGAGUGGGAGGAAUUGUUUGUGAACGGCAACGACGGCACGAACGAAGGCAUCAUCCACAAAACGAAGCCGUUCUUCACGGCGCAAUUCCAUCCCGAGCACGCCGGCGGGCCCACGGACACGGCGUUUCUCUUUGACACGUUCCUGGACGCGGUCUGGGCGAAGGAGACGGGCCCGAUCACGUCGCUGGUGCAGCGACCGGUGGUCGAACGCCCCAAGUUCAACAAGGUGCUGGUACUCGGGAGCGGGGGAUUGAGCAUUGGCCAAGCGGGCGAGUUCGACUACUCGGGGUCGCAAGCUAUCAAGGCACUUAAAGAAGAGAACAUCACGACGAUCUUGAUCAACCCGAACAUCGCGUCCGUGCAAACAAAUGCCGACAAGACCGCCGCCCAGGCCGACAACGUGUACUACCUGCCCGUGAACGCAGAGUUUGUCGAGCAAGUGAUUCGUCGCGAGCGGCCCGACGGGAUCUUGAUCAGCAUGGGGGGGCAAACUGCGUUGAACUGUGGCGUGGAGCUGCACCACAACGGGGUGUUUGAAAAGUACGGGGUGCGGGUGCUCGGCACGCCGAUAUCCGUGAUCGAAGCCACGGAGGACCGGCAGAUCUUUAACGACAAGCUGAACGAGAUUGGCGAGAAGAUAGCGACGAGUUUCACGGCCGAGUCGGUGGCGGAAGCACUCGCGGCGGCCGACAAGAUUGGGUACCCCGUGAUGAUUCGGUCGGCGUUUGCGCUGGGCGGGCUCGGGAGUGGCAUCUGCGACGACAAGGCGCACUUGACGCAGAUGGCCAAGAAGGCAUUUGCGGGGUCGCCGCAGAUUCUGGUCGAGCGCAGCAUGAAGGGGUGGAAGGAGGUCGAGUACGAAGUCGUGCGGGACAGUGCGGACAACUGCAUCACGGUGUGCAAUAUGGAAAACUUUGAUCCGCUGGGCAUCCACACGGGCGAUUCAAUCGUGAUCGCGCCAAGUCAAACGCUGAGCAACACCGAGUACCACAUGCUUCGCGAGACGGCGCUCAAGGUCGUGCGGCAUCUCGGCAUUGUGGGCGAAUGCAACAUCCAAUACGCACUGAACCCUCACAACCAAGACUAUUGCAUCAUCGAAGUGAACGCGCGGCUGUCGCGGUCGUCGGCGCUCGCGUCCAAGGCCACGGGGUACCCGCUGGCAUUUGUGGCAGCCAAAUUGGGCUUGGGCAUCAACCUCCCCGAGCUCAAAAACUCAGUGACCAAGUCGACGACGGCGUGCUUUGAGCCGUCGCUCGACUAUUGCGUGGCCAAGGUGCCGCGAUGGGACUUGUCCAAAUUUGAGAACGUGUCGACUGAGAUUGGCUCGAGUAUGAAGAGCGUGGGCGAAGUGAUGGCGAUUGGGCGGACGUUCGAGGAGGUGAUCCAGAAGGCGCUGCGGAUGGUCGAGCCUGCGAACGCCGGCUUCGAGCCCAAGGUGGAGGACCCGUUCACGAAGGAAGGGCUGAUCAAGUCGCUGGCUGUACCCACCGACAAGCGCAUCUUUCACAUUGCACGGGCGUUAAACGACGGCAUAUUGACGAUCGACGAAGUGCACGAAAUUACCAAGAUCGACACGUGGUACCUUAGCCGUCUGCAGCGCAUUUCCGACUGCGACGCCAACCUCACCGCCCUUGGGUCGUUGGCCAAGGUGACGGAUGAACAGCUCCGGACGGCGAAAGAGUUGGGAUUUUCCGACAAGCAGCUGGGGCGGAUGUUGGGGGUGUCGGACGACGACGUCCGCGCCGCCCGCAAGCAGCGCGGCAUCCUUCCCAUCGUCAAGCAGAUCGACACGCUCGCGGCAGAGUACCCUGCCAAGACCAACUACUUGUACUCGACGUACAACGCCAGUGAAAACGACAUCGAGGCCAAGGCGGCCAACGACGGCGUGCUCGUGCUAGGCAGUGGCGCGUACCGGAUUGGCAGUUCGGUCGAGUUUGACUGGUGUGCCGUGAGCUGCAUCCGCACGCUGCGCCGUCUCGGGUACCGCGCAGUGAUGAUGAACUACAACCCCGAGACAGUUAGCACCGACUACGACGAGUGUGACCAGUUGUACUUUGAAGAGCUGACCAAGGAGCGCAUUUUGGACGUGUACGAGCGCGAAGGGGUGCAGGGGGUCGUCGUGUCAGUUGGUAUGUACUUCCCUUCCAUGAUGGUUUUUUUCAAUGGUGAUGGUUGGGAUUCAUUCUGUGGCUAAACCUAUAGGGGGCCAAAUCCCCAACAACUUGGCGCUGCCCCUCCACAAGGCGGGCGUGCACGUCCUGGGUACGAGUCCAUUGGACAUUGAUUCCGCCGAAGAUCGCCACAAGUUUUCCGACCUCAUGGACCAAAUCGGCGUCGCCCAGCCGGCGUGGAAGGAGCUCACGAGCAUGGAUGCGGCGCGCCAGUUUGCCAACGAGGCGGGGUACCCCGUCCUCGUGCGUCCGUCGUACGUGCUGUCGGGGGCGGCCAUGAACGUGGCCUACAACGACCGCGACCUCGGUAGUACCCGUCGACAAAUGUUGUCCAAAGAAUGACCUUUAUGACUAGAACGGGUGCUCGGCGAAGCGUCAGCCGUGUCGCAGGACCACCCCGUGGUCAUUUCCAAGUUUGUGCAAGGGGCGCGCGAGAUUGAGCUGGACGGCGUCGCACGUAACGGCGAGAUCAUCGCCGCCGCCGUGUCAGAACACGUCGAGAACGCCGGCGUCCACUCGGGGGACGCCACGCUCAUCCUGCCGCCCGUGACCGUGAGCUCGUACUAUGUGGACCGCGUGCGACAAGCCGGCGCCAAGAUUGUCAAAGCGCUCAACAUCUCUGGGCCGUUCAACGCGCAGUUUCUGGCCAAGGACGCGGACGUGCUGGCGAUCGAAUGCAACUUGCGCGCGUCGCGGUCGUUCCCGUUCGUGUCCAAGACGGUGGGUGCCGACUUCAUCGCAGCCGCGACCAAGGUGUUUGUGGGCGAAGACACGUCCAACGACAACCUGCCGCCGCUGUACGGCCCCCCGCGCCCCACCGAGUACGUCGGCAUCAAGAGCCCCAUGUUCUCGUACACGCGACUGGGGGGUGCGGACCCCCUGCUCGGCGUCGAGAUGGCGUCGACGGGCGAAGUGGCGUGCUUUGGCAAGACCAAGCACGAGGCAUUCCUCAAAGCGCUGGUCUCGUCCAACUUUAAGCUGCCGGAGAAGCACAUUUUGCUGUCAUUCCAGGACCGGUACUCAUCUGAGGCGAUUCACUACGCGCACAAGCUGGUCGAGCUGGGCUUUGAUCUGCACACGACGGAAAAGACGCACGAGUUUCUGACCAAGCAUGGCGUGCCGAGCACCCUCGUGGCGUACCCGUCGUCCGACCUGAGCAGCGAAGCCAACGCACUCAACCUGAUCAAGGACGGCAAGAUCGACCUGGUCAUCAACCUCUCGAAUGCCGACUCGUUGCGCGUCAAGGAGAACUACUUGAUCCGGCGCACGGCCGCCGACUUUUCCGUGCCGCUGCUCACCAACGGCCAGCUCGUGCAGCUGUUUGUCGAGUCCAUGGACGAGCACAAGAAGAAGCCCAUUCUUGGCGUGCACUCGGCGUCGCUGUUUGAUUACUACGACGACGAAAACGAAAAGCCGUGGACGAAUGCUCACGAAUACCAUUAACUAACUAGUGGCACUAGUAGUAGUAGUGCGAGAGAGAGAUGAGUUGGGGACGAUUAGGUUGGUAGUGUCGACUUGACAUGAACUUGUGUGUGGGAUUA